GCCAUAUACACCCCACCAACACCCAAACCACUCCCGUUUCUCUAUUGCAUCAGACAUAAUGGCAACUCAAAUCGCGAACGGAGGUGCCGGAAAUGCUGCCUUCAGGGAUAAGGAAAAGCCCAGGGCGGUCCGGAUAGCCAAUAUUGUGGCAGCGAGAGCUGUGGCUGAUGCUAUUCGAACUUCUCUUGGGCCGAAAGGAAUGGACAAGAUGAUCCAAACCGGCAAAGGCGAAACCAUCAUCACCAACGACGGAGCUACAAUGCUGAACCAAAUGAGCGUCAUGCACCCCUCCGCAAAGAUGCUCGUCGACCUUGCCCACGCUCAGGACAUCGAAGCCGGAGACGGUACAACCUCCGUGGUGGUGAUAGCGGGAAGUCUGCUCGGUGCGGCAGAACGUUUGCUGGGAAAAGGCAUCCACCCCACCGUCAUAUCAGAGUCCUUCCAGCGGGCAGCGGCAAAGGCUAUAGACAUCCUGACAGAUAUGUCGAUUCCCAUCUUACUGUCCGACCGUCCGACCCUUCUGAAGACUGCCACAACCGCCCUUUCGUCCAAAAUUGUAGCGCAAGAGGCGAAGCUACCGAUAAUGGCUGUGGACUCGGUCAUGAAGGUCAUCGAUCCCAAGACAGCAGAUAAUGUAGACUUAAAGAACAUCAGGAUCAUCAAAAAGGCAGGCGGAACCAUCGAAGACAGUGAGAUGGUGGACGGGCUGGUGCUUAAUCAGCAGGUGGUUAAGAGUGCAGGAGGCCCAACAAUGAAAGAGAAGGCCAAAAUUGGUCUGAUACAGUUCCAGCUUAGCCCCCCGAAACCAGAUAUGGAGAACCAGAUUGUGGUGAACGAUUACAGGCAGAUGGACAAGAUUCUCAAGGAAGAGCGGACGUAUCUGCUUAACAUGGUGAAGAAGAUCCAGAAGGCGAAGUGCAAUGUGCUCUUCAUUCAGAAGUCGAUCCUGAGAGACGCAGUCAACGACCUUAGUCUACACUUCCUCUCAAAACUCAAGAUUCUUGUCGUCAAGGAUAUUGAGCGCGACGAAAUCGAGUUCAUUUGCAAGAGCACUGGUUGCAAACCAAUCGCCGAUAUCGAUUCCUUCACCGAAGACAAGCUCGGCUCAGCCGACCUCAUUGAGGAAGUCCAAGCCUCCGGCGCGCGAUAUGUCAAGGUCUCUGGUGUGAAAUCCAUCGCAUCAACUGUCUCCAUCGUCUGUAGAGGCUCCAACUCUCUCAUCCUCGACGAAACCGAACGCUCAUUACACGACGCUCAUUGCGCCAUCCGAUCCCUAGUAAAGAAGAAGGCCCUACUCGCCGGAGGUGGUGCCCCUGAGAUCGAAAUCGCCCACCAGCUAUCCCUGCACGCUCGUGAACUCUCCGGCACAGAAGCCAUUUGCUGGAAAGCGUUUGCAGACGCUAUGGAAGUCAUUCCGACGACGUUGGCGGAAAACGCUGGAUUGAACAGCAUCAAGGUGGUUACGGACUUAAGGCAUAGGCAUGCACAAGGCCAACAGAAUGCGGGUGUGAGUAUCAAGAGUGGAGGUGUGAAGAACGAUAUCGCCGAAGAAAACGUGUUACAACCCCUGCUCGUGAGCACAAGCGCAAUUGAGUUAGCGGCCGAGACGGUGAAGAUGAUUCUGAGGAUUGAUGACAUUGCGUUGUCACGAUAAAUGAUGCAAGUGCGUUUGGCGAGGGCGUAACGACUGUAUGUGGAUUGCGAAUCGGUUGGUUGGUAGUAUACCAUGAAGAUAAUGAAAAGAUUUUC